AUGGUCUCCUGGGGUCAGAUUCAAGGAGAGGGGGUCAGGGAGGCAACGUACCCUAGAAGCAAGUCAUUGGAGUUGGCCAAUGAGCUAUCUAAAUACGGGAUUCAUGUAGCAUGUUUGGACGGCAGAAGUAACUGGGUUGGCAUCCCAGUGUCUAAUGAUAUUCUAAAGAAAUUUUUUGAAGUAAGGAGGAGUAAUGAUAGGAUUAUGUUAGUUAGGAUAGUAGUGGGGGAAGAGGUCAUAUCGAUUGUCAGUGCUUAUAGCCCCCAAGUUGGGCUUGACAAGCAGGUGAAGCGCGAGUUUUGGGAUAACCUAGGAAACCAGAUGAGAACUAUCCCGAAAGAUGAGAAAGUUUUCUUAGGAGGAGACUUUAACGGACAUAUAGGCAGAGUUGCAAGCAACUAUAACUCGGUACAUGGAGGGUUUGGUUUGGGGGCAAGAAAUGAGAGUAAGGAGAAUUUACUAGAGAAGAAAGAUGAGCAUUUGAUUACAUAUAAGAGUAGCGGGCAUGCAACCCAAGUUGACUAUUUCUUAGUGCGCAAGGGAGAACGGGCCUCAUGCUUGGAUUGUAAGGUGGUGUUGGGUAUAAAGAUGCUCACCCAACACAGGCUUUUAGUACUGGUUUUUAGGAUGAGGAAUAAAAUCGUAGAGAAGAAGAUCGAGUUCAGGAAAAAGAUCAUAUGGGGGAGACUCAAAGAGGAUAUGGUCACAACCUUGUCAUGUAAGAUAAGUUCGUUGGGCUUCCCUAGUCAGUCCGAGGAUGCGAAUGAAAUGUGGAAUAUGGCAAAAACCAUUCGAAAAGUGGCAAAAGAGACCUUGGGGUUGUCGUCAGUGAAAUCAAAAGUGUUCAAAGAGUCAUGGUUGUGGAACGAUAAGGUGGAAAAGAAGAUAAAGGACAAAAACAAGAGAUUUAAGGAACUUAUGACAUGCACAGAGGAGGAGGAUAGGAUUGAAUAG